AUGGCACCGUUCAACGAAAAGGACACCAAGUUAUACCGCAGUGAUGUCGCCUCAGGCGGUCGAAUGCUCUCGGCCGCAGAGCGCGAGAAACUCCUGCAAUCAUAUCUCCCCGCGCCAACAUCAGGCACACCAGAGACGAAUUCCCAGUCGACCGACCAACCUGCUCGGCGAAAGUCUCGUGGCCACAAGCGACGGGUUCGACCAUUCCUCAAGGCGAAGCUUCAUUUCCUGAUCUUCUUCCUCAUCCAACUCGUUUUCGGCAUCUACAUCCGCGUGCGCCAGAUUUACCAUGCCACGGUCUACAGAUUACUGGCCAUCCGACAUUACCACCACCGCACGCCAGAAUACAUCCAAAGAGACGUUCAGAACCUCGACCGCGUCCCCGAACACCUGAGCGUGAUUUUGAAAUUCAAGACGGAAGAAGACGGAGGGCUCGAAGCCCUGAUGGACGAAGUGGCAGAGUUGUGUGCCUGGUCCGCAGCUGCGGGGAUUCCCUUGCUGAGCGUCUACGAAAAGUCGGGCAUCCUCAAAACAUACAUGACACCGCUACAAGAGCUGGUGAAGCAGAAGUUGGCAUCAUACUUUGGUCCGCCGCCCGCGGCGCCGAGGCUUCGAGUAUUCGCUCCCAACCAUGCCUCGAUAAGUUCGUCAAGGACACCCUCACCGCACAUACAAGCGCAAUCAGCAGACGGGGGCCCAGAUGGACGACCGCACCUCGAUCUCCUCCUCCUAUCGGCCACGGAUGGGAGAGAAACCUUGGUCGACCUCACCCGCACGUUGGCGGAGAUGGCACAAGCCCACAAGAUCGAUCCCAAGGACAUCACCUCCAACCUGAUCAACGCCGAAAUCAGCGCCACGACAGCAGUUCCCAGCUCAAGAACACGAGAUGGACCCAAGCCUGCAGGUAAAGAAGUGGAAGCAGGGGAGCCUGAUCUCGUCAUUGUCUUUGGACCUACCGUGAAGCUGGAUGGCUAUCCGCCGUGGCAGAUCCGGCUCAGCGAGAUCUACUGCGUGGGCGAUUCAGGCGGAGAUGUCUCCGGGAGCGGCAGCACGAGGGUCGAGUACCAAGCUUUCUUGAGGGCGCUGUGGAGGUAUGCGGGAGCGAAGUUCAACUUUGGACGGUGA